GCUGGUUUGUGUCUGUUGCUUGUCUCCAGUGUGUCCUUGACUCUGUGGACAAGCAGGAGGUUAGCUAGAGAGCUACCACUGGAUUGGAAAGCUACAGGGAGCCGAAAGCGUAGCGCAAGGAGGAGCGUUUUUACUUUUUCAGUCCACGAAAAAAACAAAACGUCCCGUUCCUUGGAGAGUAAACUCUCGCCGAACUCGUGAUGGCUUUUUUGAUCAAGAGCAUGAUUGGGAACCCACUGUCAGGAAUAGGUCUUGGCGGCGGAGGUGACAAAGAGGAGGAGGCCACCCCGUCAGAUCCUGCAAAAGCGGCUGGGAUGACGCGCGAGGAGUAUGAAGAGUACCAAAAACAGUUGGUGGAGGAGAAGAUGGAGAGGGAUGCAGAUUUCUUACACAAAAAGGCAGAGCGUGCAACCCUCAGAGUGUGCCUCAGAGACAAAUACCGACUCCCAAAGAGCGAGCAGGACGAGAACAUGAUUGAGAUGGCCGGGGACGACGUGGACGUGCCCGAGGAGCUGCUCAAGAUGGUGGAUGAGGACGCUACGGAGGAGGAGGGCAAGGACUCCCUUAUGGGCCAGAUUCAAAACUUGCAGAACAUGGACAUGGACCAGCUGAAGGAAAAAGCCUCUGCCACGGUCACCGAGCUGAAGAGCAAAGCAGAGGAGAAGUGCUCUGUCAUGUGAAUCGCCGAGGGUGAUGAAUGUGUGUCUGAAGAAGGCUGGGAGAGCAGAGGGGGAUUACUGGGAUGAUAAUUUAACAACUUGCUUGACCAUGUCAAGAAUCUGAGGUUCUACAUAUUUUUUUUAAUUAUAGCCCUUUCUCCUGUUAUAUUAUGUCACAGAAAAUGAUCUAAGCCAUGACCAGAAAUUAUAUUAAAAUUGCCAGUUUGCAUUUACAGAAAAAUCUGCAGUAAAUGGUUUAAUUUUGUAGUUUUUUUUUUACUCACAAAUUUACAGUACGUCAUAUUACGUCAAGGGUGCCCCAUCCUUCCGCUCUUAUUGUUCGGUGUUGUCAUAAAAUGAGACAGGGUAGUCUCUAAAUGUGUGUGUGUGUGUGUUUCGUUCUGUCAAAAUAUUCAAAGUAAUCCAAGGUGUGCUGAUAGAAAACCAGUCCUUCCUGAAUACUGCAAUUUUCCUCUUGGUUUUAUUGUUUUGUUUUGUUUGUUUUUUUCUUUUUUUUCCUCACUUUUUUUUUUUUUUUGCUUGUGUCCGGUGUAGAAAUGUUUUAAAAUAUUUAGUCGCUAUGUCUGGUUUAACGAUCUCAACUGGAAUAAACACUUUGCUGAAGCAUUUGCAGAUUUGCACAAACUUGUGGUAUAAAUACGUAAAUGGUAAAAGACGACAGACGUGUGUGUUUCUUUGAAAUGCCUGAAGGCACCGCAUUGUGAGAAGACAAAUUGUGGUUUAAAUAAAAAUGUAUAUCAAAUGCA